AACAGCUUGAAUAAUCUUGAAAGGAUGAACAAGGCUAUCAUUUUUUGCUUCAUUUUAGCAACAAUGGUCUGUAUAGCCUGUGGCGAUGACCUCACCAGGGAAUCAUUCAAAAAAAAGAAAAUGAAAGAAUUGCGUGAAUUUCUCAGUGAUAGGAAUUUGAAAUGCGUGGGGUGCCAAGAAAAAGAUGAUUUUGUUAAGAUUGCCUUUGAAAACCGGGACAAGAAGCCUGUUACAGGGGUAGAAAAACGCGAAAUACCAAGUACAAGCUUUUGGGAAACAUGGGGAAAUACAACAAAGGAGACGUGCAUGGAAAUUGUGAAAAAAAGGGGAGAAGAUGCCACGAGUGAGCCCUAUACUUCCGUGUGUUCAACUUUGGCAUUGGCGGUUGAAUCACUUCUUAUGCAGCAUGGGAAGAAUUUAUCGCAUAAGCUAAAAAAGCGACCAGAAUUAAUUUUAAAAACGUCUUAUACGGGUGUAUACUACGAUGCUGGGAAACACAUUUUCCAAAAGCUUGUCGAUUACUGUCUUACGCCCUCCAUUCGUAGCAAAUGUUCAUCACUCACCUUUGUGAUGGACAUUAUGGAAAAUAGUAAAGUUGCUGAUUUUAAAAGUUGGAUUAUGAAUGUUGGUAUCGAGAACACCAAUCCGAUGUUUGAAGUGCUGGGUGACCACAAUGAACUUUAAAGACAAAGAACCUAGAUGUAAUGGAAAUUAGCGUUUGUAUCUAACUGGUUGAAGUAUUAGAAUGCUCGACUAGGAAUAUUUAAUAUAAAAUCUUUUAUAUAUUCAAUAGGGUGGUAUAACACAUAUUUGUGAAACAACCUUUCUGGGCUUAAGAAAAAUAAAUGUGUAUUUGCAUUGAUAAUAAUCUCCAAUAAAGCAGCAU